UAGUAUUUUAUGUUUGAGGAAAGAUUCAAACACAAAAAUACAAAAACCUCACUUCAAUGUGUCUUACAAAGAUGAAUAAUUCCAAAAAGUCAUCAACCUUUUUUUCAUAAAUCCCCCUUUCAAUUAUCCUCACCAUUCAUUUUUUUUUCUACUAACAAUUCUUACAUUCAUUGCCAUGUGAUGUGAUGAAUGAUCAUGCUUCAAUUCUCUUCUGUAUCUGCAACUCCAAUUAGCCAUACAUCUUCAUCUUCAUCUUCAUCUUCCAUGUCUUCUAAGCGCUCAAUUGUUGAGUUUACUCCGGUCUCAGAUGAACCUCAACUUCUUACUAAACGGCCCCGAAACGAGGAGGAAGAAGAAGAAGGUGAGGAGUUAGUUCUCGUUGACGCCGAUUCCAUCGGCCUUCGCCUUCUCGGCUUGCUCCUCCAAUGCGCUGAGUUUGUUGCCAUGGAGAAUCUCGAUGAAGCCGCUAAUUUAUUACCGGAAAUCGCUGAGCUUUCAUCGCCGUUCGGCUCAUCGGCUGAGCGAGUCGCUGCUUACUUCGCUGAAUCUCUAUCGGCCAGAAUCAUCAGUUCUCAUCUCCGAUUUUAUUCUCCGCUUAACCUCAAAUCCCUAACUCUCACACAUUCCCAAAAACUCUUCACCGCUCUGCAAUCUUACAAUACAAUAAGCCCGCUCAUCAAAUUCUCUCACUACACAGCUAAUCAAGCUAUUUACCAAGCAUUAGAAGGUGAAGAUCACGUCCACGUCAUCGAUCUCGACAUCAUGCAAGGUCUUCAAUGGCCAGGAUUGUUCCAAAUCCUCUCCUCUCGAUCGAGAAAGCUCCGUUCCAUCAAAAUCACCGGCGUCGGAUCCUCCAUGGAAUUACUCGAAUCCACCGGCCGUAGACUCACCGAAUUCGCCAACUCAUUCGGACUUCCGUUCGAGUUUCAACCGUUUGAAGGCAAAAUCGGACACAUCACAGACCUGAAUCAACUCGGAGUCAAAAUUGGGGAAACUACAGUUGUCAAUUGGAUGCACCAUUGCCUGUACGAUAUCACAGGGAGUGAUUUAGGUACGUUCAGAUUGUUAACUUUGUUAAGGCCGAAAUUGAUCACACUCGUUGAACAAGAUCUGAGUCACGGAGGAAACUUUUUGGGCCGAUUCGUUGAGGCAUUGCAUUAUUACUCAGCCUUGUUUGAUGCAUUAGGGGAUGGAUUGAGUGAAGAGAGUGUAGAGAGGCAUACGGUGGAACAGCAGUUGUUCAGUAGCGAAAUUAGGAAUAUUGUAGCAGUAGGUGGGCCCAAGAGGACCGGGGAAGUACCCGUAGAGCGAUGGGGCGUUGAAAUGAAACGAAUCGGGUUUUUACCCGUUUCGUUAUCGGGUACUCCAGCUGCUCAAGCAAGUUUAUUGUUAGGGAUGUUUCCGAGAGGGUAUACUUUGGUCGACGAAAAUGGGUGUUUGAAAUUGGGAUGGAAGGAUUUAUCUUUGUUGACUGCAUCUGCAUGGCAACCAUGCGAUUAAGAUUGCCUUUUUUUUUUUUUGUUAUUUCAAUUUGUAAGUGUUUCAUAAGAAAUUGGACAUACUAAUAAGUGAAGUGCUCUUGUUCACUUUGGUCCUAAUUCUGAGGAGGCCCCUACACAUAUGUAAUUGUGUUUAUCAUUCUUGAAAAUUAUUCUUUUAAGAAAAA